UCUGUCAUGGCGACUGCGCUGGCGGUGGACCUUUGCUCACCCGGAUGAUGAGAUGGAGCGAAGUUUUAUGUAUUGCCGAAAAGUUUUCCUCAAAUAUACAUUUUCCCGUGAUGGUUAAACGAUUAACUUAAACCACAACAAUUGUUUUGAAUGGCAGCAUAAUGAAGGCCCAACUGCAGAUAACUGUUUUGUCCGCCAAGCUGCGGGAGAAUAAGAAGAACUGGUUCGGGCCCAGUCCGUAUGUGGAGGUGUGUGUGGACGGCCAGUCCAAGAAAACGGAGAAAUGCACCAACACAAACAGCCCCAAAUGGAAGCAGUCGCUCACUGUGAUCGUCACACCUUUCAGCAAGUUAAUUUUCCGGGUUUGGAGUCAUCAGACCCUGAAGGCUGACAUUCUGCUGGGUAUGGCCACUCUGGAAGUCAGCGAGACCCUUAAAGCCAACGAUAUGAAGAUUUGUGAGGUCGUGCAGUCUCUGCACUUGAGCUCGGACAGAGAGAGGUCAGAGGUGGUUGGAGAUCUCUCGGUGUGUUUGGACGGACUGCAGGUGGAUCCCGAGACAUUCGCUUCUGAGGAACAAAAGCACAAUGCUGUUUUGAAUGGAGAAUUGAAUGGGAAUGUAGAAGUAAGUCGAGAUUCUUCUCCAACCAGUGACAUCACCGAUGAUGCGUCACUGCCCAAUGGUCAUGCAGUAGGAAGUAGCGGCUCUGCCUCUCCGUCUACAGGGGCUCUGAGACCACCACGCCCACCUCGACCCCAGCGACUGCCCCCUGCUUCACCACACAAACCUGCUUCGAUAGCGUCCUCUGCUGGCUCCACUCCCACUCACGGCAGCAGCGCUCCCAGCCCUGAGACGACCCCACCCGUGUGUGUGAACGGAGAAACGGAGAGUCAGGGGUCAAGCACCGGGUCAGGGUCAAAUCAAGCCCCCAGGGCCAGUCCAACUCCCCCCGUGGCUUCCCUGAUGAGUAACGGCCCUCUGCCACCAGGGUGGGAGCAGCGAAUGGAUCAGAACGGCCGUGUUUACUAUGUCGAUCACAUUGAGAAGAGAACCUCAUGGGACCGUCCAGAACCACUUCCGCCAGGUUGGGAGCGUCGCGCAGACCCGAUGAGCCGCGUGUACUUCGUCGAUCACAUAAACAGAACCACCACGUGGCAGCGGCCCACGCUGGAGUCGGUCCGGAACUAUGAGGAGUGGCAGAACCAGCGCAGUCAGCUGCAGGGAGCCAUGAAUCGCUUUAACCAGAGAUUCAUAUACGGGCUCCAGGAACAGCUCGCGCCCACAGCUAAUAAAGAGUUUGACCCUCUGGGACCUCUGCCGCAAGGAUGGGAGAAACGGACAGACAGUAAUGGUAGAAUGUAUUUUGUUCAUCACCCCACAAGAUGCACACAAUGGGAGGACCCUCGCACGCAAGGGUUGCUGAAUGAGAAACCUCUGCCGGAAGGCUGGGAGAUGAGAUUUACUGUGGACAGGAUUCCAUAUUUUGUCGACCACAACAGAAAAACGACAACGUACAUCGAUCCGCGUACAGGGAAAUCAUCUCUCGAGAACGGCCCUCAGAUCACAUACGUGCGAGACUUCAAAGCUAAAGUGCACUACUUCCGCUUCUGGUGUCAGCAACUAGCAAUGCCUCAGCACAUUAAAAUCCACGUGAGUCGUAAAACGCUGUUCGAGGAUUCGUUUCAACAGAUUAUGAGUUGUCACCCGCAAGACUUGAGACGAAGACUGUGGAUCAUUUUCCCUGGGGAGGAGGGGCUUGACUAUGGAGGCGUGGCCAGGGAAUGGUUUUUCCUGCUCUCUCAUGAGGUCUUGAACCCCAUGUACUGUCUGUUUGAAUACGCCGGCAAAGACAACUACUGCCUACAGAUAAACCCCGCCUCCUCCAUCAACCCCGACCACCUCAAAUACUUCAAGUUCAUUGGCCGAUUCAUCGCUAUGGCCCUGUUUCAUGGGAAGUUCAUAGACACCGGCUUCUCUCUGCCAUUUUACAAGCGCAUCCUGAAUAAACCUCUGGCUCUCAAAGACCUGGAAUCCAUCGAUCCGGAGUUCUACAACUCGCUCAUGUGGAUCAAGGAUAAUAGUUUAGAGGAAUGUGGCCUAGAGAUGUUUUUCUCAGUGGAUAAAGAGAUUCUGGGAGAGGUCACCACUCAUGAACUCAAGCCUGAUGGAGGAAACGUUCAAGUAACAGAGGAAAAUAAAGAAGAGUAUAUCAGGUUGGUGGCUGAGUGGAGGUUGUCCAGAGGGGUUGAAGAACAGACUCUGUCGUUUCUCGAGGGUUUUAAUGAGGUGUUGCCACAGCAGUACCUGCAGUACUUCGAUGCCAAAGAACUAGAGGUGAUGCUGUGUGGCAUGCAGGAGAUAGAUUUAGGAGACUGGCAGAGGAACACCAUCUACAGACAUUACGCUCGCAACAGCAAACAGAUCGUCUGGUUCUGGCAGUUUGUGAAGGAGAUCGACAAUGAGAAGCGUAUGCGUCUUCUGCAGUUUGUGACCGGCACAUGCAGACUUCCUGUUGGGGGAUUUGCAGACCUCAUGGGGAGCAAUGGGCCGCAGAAAUUCUGCAUGGAGAAGGUUGGAAAAGAAAACUGGCUGCCGAGGAGCCACACAUGCUUUAACCGCCUGGAUCUGCCCCCAUAUAAAAGCUACGAGCAGUUGAAGGAGAAGCUGCUGUUCGCCAUCGAGGAAACAGAAGGUUUUGGACAAGAGUGAUGCAGGCGCUCAAUAGCAUCUCAAACGCAUCUCAAUGACGACACACAUGGGCUCUCACUGGCACCACUCAGAAGCUUUCGCUGCUCUUCAGAACAGAAACGAGAGAUGAACAGUGUUUCACACAGAGGAAAGUGAAGUUCACCUCCCGUCUCUUGGCUUCGGCUUUCAUUUCAAAGUUUUUUGUGAAACACUUCUUGUGUCAUGUUACGCUGCUUUAGUCGAUGAAGAACGCACAUGAAUGCGGGUGGACUUACACUUUGCACACUGUGUGAUCCUCAUAUAAUCUGAUGAUGACUGCAGCCCGGCUCUACUGUAAUGCACACACAACCAACUCUAACCUUUACUUGUCCUUUAGAACUUAAAAUCAGCACGGGUUUGUCAGGGUUGAGCUCCUCUCAGAUUUGUGUAAAUGUGAGGAGGAGGUUCUCUGGCCUAUUUUGGGAGUUACUAGUGUCUUUGUUUCCUCAAUCCUGAGAGACCUGCAAGUGCAUCAUAAUUUCAUGAGAUUUGAUGUUACAACUCAUGUCCCAAUGCAGAAGAUCUUAACAGUCCUAACAACAGGCUUCAUUCUUUAUAUAAACUAUGAUUUCUAUCAUAGCCCAUAAAAUCUCAAAAAAUACUAAUCCUCUCUCUAACUUGAGGUCAAAAACUACAUGGGUAUAUAAACUGAUGUUUAGCUCUUUUUAGUGUAAACAAAUCUGCAGCCAGAUAUCUUGAUCUUUUUAUGACAGAUUUUAUUUGUAGUCUUAUAGACUCACAAAUCAAGCUUUAAGGCAGGAAAAUAGGAUUUAAAAAAAAAGAAGUGUUAAAGCGUUUGGAUAAUAACAUGUUUAGGAAUAUGAUUUAGCCCUGACCUGUCUAAAAAAACCUGAUCUAAAACACCACCGGGUCAUAGGACAAAGUAUAAAGAAUAACAUACGACCAUAAAAGCUGAGUAGGUUUAGAUGUAGAAUUUAAACAAACCAUACAAGUCUGACCCAUGGAAUGGUGCAUGUGAAUUCUUCAGUGGCUUGUGAAUAAAUGAGAACGCUUUCUUUUCCAAAACACCUUAUGCACAGGAUUUGAAAUCUGUAAUAUCUUUCAAAGUGAUGUUAUCCAAAGUGAAUGAGAACAUAUAUUAAAACAGAUCCGUUAGAAUGGUGAUUGCCACAUGUUGUCUGUUGUGAUACAGAAUGUCAUUGGGUGUUAUUGACCAAUGUCUGUUGUAACAGGCAUUUCAUUCCACAACUUUUUAACUGCUUUUACAGGGCCCUCAUUUUAUUAAUGCUGAAGGUGAAAGUAUCCUGACAGAUUAAUAAAAGUCAAUAUAGACACUGUCAGCUAAAGCGCUCACAUUUAAAGUUGUGCUGUCAUUCUUAAAGCAUUUUGUAGCUAUAAAUAUGGCCAGAUUACCUCUUUAUUUUCUUAACACUGUAUAUCAUGUAACAAUUAGCCUGUGAUCUUUAACAUAUUAACAUUUAAUAGGCUGGGAUUAAUUAUUUGAAUUAUAUUUAUUUUUUCUUAAGUGAAUGUGUACAGUUGGAUGAUUAAUAUAAAAAUACCAAUUUAUUCUCAGCUGAAGAAAUAAAAAAUGUGCAAAAAGUUUUGCCGCUUUUCUUUGGAUUCAUUCUUAACGUUAAAAAUGACCACUUUGAAAAGUCAUUAUUAUAUAAUAAUGAGAUGUGUUGUUGAGCAGAUUUUCAUGUAACACUAAAUAUAGAUUUCGUGCUGCAUAUAUUUGGGGGAAAGUGCUGUGAUUAUUCCAAAAACAAAAAAUUACUAAAUUGGUAUAUAUUUUACCUAUGAAAUAAAAAGGUCUUUAAACAGUUUAA